CACCUGGAGAUGACCGGUGGCUAAUUUGAGCACGCGCCCGUUACUUUCACUUUGAUGUACCGGCAGAAUUGAAGUCGCGCGUCUGUUUAGUCACAUACUGGAGAAUAAAACGAGCGAAGGACUUCUUUAUUUUAUUUUUGCCGUAUUUUGGAAGACGGGGACGUCAUGAAAACUGCGAAGGAAGACGGCGAGAUGAUGGGAGUGACGGUAAAUCGAUUUGUAGAAGAGGCGCCUCCAUCUGGGAUGUCCAAGAAUGGAUACUUCUUUCAAGAAAUGGAGCAGCGGGAGGCGGAGCAAGAGGAGGACAGCGAGUGCCGAGAGGAGGGACAGGACCUACCGAUCGCCUGCGGCGAAGACAUCCACCUCUAUGACAACCAGAUCAGCCCUGGACCAGAUGCCGACGACUCUGGCUGUGUGUUACUGAACACAUCAAGACGGUAUGUGAAGCUCAUGAACUUCGAGGAGGAGGUUCGGGCACACCGGGACUUGGAUGGCUUCCUGGCGAGGGCUAGCAUACUGUUGGAUGAGACAGCCGCCUCCCUGGACGACGUCCUCAAGAGAAUGUUGCACCACGUAGGCGAGGACAGCCACGUGUCCGAGCCCGGGUGCAACUUUGAAGAGGUGAUGAGCAUGCUUUUCACAGAUGCAGGAGCUCAAGAGGUCAACGUUCAUCUGCUGUCUGAGACAAUCCAAGGCGUGACGGCGACAGCCACCGGAGUCCAGUACCAGCAGUCCUGGCUCUGCAUCCUCUGCAACGUCAAACAUCUCCAGAGGCGUCAUGUGUGUAUCUCUCGUCUGGAAAGGCCGCAAAACUGGGGGGAGAACUGCUGCGAGGUCCGCUAUGUCAUCCUGAUACUCGCCCCGUCCAAAAUGAAAAGCACCAAGACAGCGAUGGAGCUGGGCAGGACGUUUGGCACCCUUUUCUCUGACAUCUCCUUCAGGCAGAAGCUGCUGGAGACAAAGACGCAGGAGGAGUUUAAGGAGGCUUUGGUGUUCCAGAGGCACCAGCUCACAGCGGCCAACCAGCAGCCCAUCGCUCUGGGGAAGAAGGAGACGGUCCCCCGCAAUCACAAACCUCUCAAGUGUAAAGAUUUCUUCAAAGCCGGCCGAGGGAUUUAUGAGGACUUGCGUCGCAGACUGCCUUUCUACCCUUCUGACUUCACAGAUGGUAUAGUUGGAAGUAAUAAAACCCUGCUGAAGUACAUGACCACAGCCAUCUUCCUCUACAUCGCCAUCCUCCUUCCCGCGAUUGCUUUCGGCUCCCUCAACGACGAGAGCACCCGCGGCGAAAUCGAUGUUCGGAAGACUAUCAUUGGCCAGAGCAUCGGCGGAGUCAUCUACUCGUUGUUCGCUGGCUCCCCUUUAGUUAUCCCUCUCACCACUGCUCCCCUCGCCAUCUUCAUCAGCGUGAUCCGAGGAAUCUGUGAUGACUACAACUUGGAUUUCCCAGCUUUCUAUGCCUGCAUCGGUUUGUGGAACUGCCUCUUCCUCAUCUUGGGAGGGAUCUUCAACGUCAGUCUGCUGAUGAAGCUCUUUAAAAGGUCAACAGAAGAGGUCAUUGCCCUGUUCAUUUCCAUUGCAUUUGUAGUUGAUGCUGUCAAAGGAACAGUCAAAAUCUUUCAAAGGUACUACCACGCUCCAGGUCUGGAAAACAGGAGCUUAGAGGACCUUCCUCAGGUUGGAGACCUGCAGGGAGGAAACAGGAGUGAGGUGAUGGUCGGGUCGGUGUUCAAUGCUCUGCCUGAAUCUUUCAUCCAGUGCACUCGAGAGAGGCCCGUCCUUUGCCUCCUGCUGAUGCUCGGGACAUUAUGGAUGGGCUAUACCCUCUACCAGUUCAAAAGAAGUCCGUUCCUGCAUGCCAAAGUGAGGGAAGUGCUGUCGGACUGCGCCCUGCCCAUCUCAGUGCUGCUGUUCUCCUUCAUCGGCUCCUACAUUUUUAGCGACAUCGAGCUUCCAGUGUUUAAGGUUCACAAUCGGCCGAUCUUCAACGUGGCUCCGUUCGAGCGGCUGUCGGCCAUGAACGUUGUCAGCGCCAUGGGACUCGGCUUCCUCCUGGCUCUCCUCAUCUUCAUCGACCAGAACAUUGUUGUUUCGCUUACCAAUGCUCCAGAGAACAGGUUGCUGAAAGGCACGGCGUAUCACUGGGACCUGAUGCUCUCCGGCCUCAUUAACAUCCUGAUGUCGGUGCUGGGGUUGCCCUGGAUGCACGCUGCCUUCCCCCACUCCACCCUCCACGUGCGCCAGCUGGCUUUCGUGGAGCAGCGCGUGGAGGGGGGGCACCUCUACGAGACCAUCGUCCAGGUGAAGGAGACCCGGCUGACGUCUCUGGCUGCCAACAUCUUCAUCGGCGUGUCUCUGCUGCUGCUGCCCGUUCCGCUGCAGUGGAUCCCCAAACCCGUCCUGUAUGGCCUCUUCCUCUACAUCGCCCUCACCUCCAUCGACGGAAACCAGAUGUGCGACCGCAUGGCUCUCCUCCUGAAGGAGCAGACGUCUUACCCACCUACCCACUACAUCCGCAAAGUGCCCCAGAGGAAGAUCCACUACUUCACCUUCCUGCAGAUGAUGCAGCUGCUGGUGCUGUGCACAUUCGGCAUGUACCCAAUACCGUACAUGAAAAUGAUCUUCCCUCUGGUCAUGAUCCUCCUAAUCCCAAUCAGGAACAGCGUGCUUCCUCAUAUCAUUGAGGCCAAAUACCUGGACAUCAUGGAUGCCCAACACAUGUAGCUUCACCAGGAUUCAAGCUCUGGAUCCUCACAGAGUCCAUCGGCGGGAGAGAGGAAGAAAAAAAAUGGAAAAAGGAUUAACAAAAACAUAUUUUUUGAUGCAAAACUAUAUGGGCGCAAAUAGGGGGGGAAAAAACACGGACUGUUUAGAUUUUUUUGUAUCCGAGAAGUCCGUUGAAGCACUGGAAACGCGGGGAAGCCGAGAGGAAGAGAGCCGAGAGUUUGGGUCCGAUAUUUUCCAAAAAGGCGAACAGAAUAUUUCUCUGUGAAACAAACGUUCUCCAAGAAAAGUGACUGUUCCCGUCUCGCCUCUGUUUCACCACGUCGGAUCGUGCGGUGCCAUAACAACUCCUAUGUUCUCGGUUCACGUCUUCAACCUUUUUAUGGUAACACUUUACAAUAUCCUUUUUGCAGUGUGUGGGGCAGGUGCUUCAAGUAUUCGCUGAUGCUGUGGAAGUAAUAAUAAUAAAAAAAUAAAUAAAAGAAAAGAAAAGAAAUGCUGCAAGGGUACAUUAGAUUGUACCAAGAAAGGGGUUAAUGGCACAAUGUAAGUAUGAACCUGAUCGCUUUUUGACACUUUGCACUUAUCUUGUCUUUACACAGUUACAGGUGCGUCUCGAUACGUCGGAGAUCAUUAAAAAAAGUUCCAUUGUUUUGGUAAAUCUGUUUAAAAUGUGAGUCUAUAUGAAUGUGCAACAAAAAGUGAGUAUUUUUCUUUUCUUUUAGUUGUUAUGGAAACCUGUAAUGUAGCCUCUCAGAAGUUAAAAUUUUUACAUAAGACCAAUUAAGAGGUAUAUUUUUAAUACAGAAAUGUUUUGAGGCAUGAGGAGUCUUGCUGAUUUAACGGUUUCCAGCAGAAACUGGCUGUUCAAGGAUGUUCCAGCCAAUGGAAAGUUGAGUGGAAAGGAAAAAAAAGACACAACAAAUUCUCGAUUUUCUGAUUUACCGAGAUGCACCUAUGUAUGGGUAAAUGUUUUACCCACAUACACUGUGUUUAAAAGUACCUACAUACUUUGAACGGGUCAGUUUAGAGCACUGCAUUUUGGCCACUGUAAAGUCAGCCUUUUCCUCGUCAUUGUGCAGCGUUCCAGCCUUUUACAUUUCUGCACCUUUUAGCUGUUGCUACGGAUGACACUUGCGCACAUACAUGUUUAGUUUUCGGAGUCAUUCCAACAAGUGUCAGCAUUUGUACCAGGAGGAGAUCACAGAGGGUGUGUUUGCGUGUGUGUGUUUAGCUCAUACACACAGUACUUCUCCGUCCUCUGUCUAGUUCUCUGCCAGCUCUUUAGAAAAUGUAUUUUUAAAGGUGGAAUCCAUCUUUAGACGAAUAAUAAUAAUUAAAAAAAAAAAAACAUUCCACGGGUAUAUAUAAUUAUUUAUAAUAAUUUAGAAUGACAGCACAAACCAAAAACAUAUAGUGUUAUCUUUAUCUUAAUGAGAAGGGGGGGAAAAAUUAUCAGAAUAUAUGACGGCAAUAUAUUGAAAUAUUAUCGGUCAAUUUUAAAUAGAAUAUUUAUUUAUCAUAAUGAUAGUUUAUCUUUUAGAAAUGAAAAUGAGGUGUGUUUACCCUGAACUGAGAGCAGUGUGUUACCCUGUUUGCUUCUUUCCAUUCCACUGUCUGUGUGUCUUACACUGCAAAAACACAAAAUCUCACCAAGUAUUUUUUUCUAGUGCAAAUAUCUUAGUACAGUUGAAAUAAGACAAAACUAACUUACAACUAACUUUUUAGCAAGAUAUAGAAACUUGUUUUAAGUCAAUAAUUCCUUAAUAUGGAUGAAAAAGUGGCAGAUUAUUUCACUUAAAACACUUUCCCUAUGUGAUAAAUGGAAUAAUAUGUCAAUUGGAACUAAUGAUUUGUCAUUAAUAAUAAGGAAUUAUUGACUUAAAACAGCCAUUUGUAUAUUUUAUAUUAUUUCAAGUGUGCUGAGAUAUUAGCUCAUGAAACUAGAGCAGAAAUACUUCAGAUUUAGUGUUUUUACAGUGUACAUUUAGCUCUGCCACAGUGUUUACAUAUCAAAGUCCCGUCCAGCUUCAUGUUAUCAGCGUUAAAGCUAGUGGAGGAGAUUACGGUUCAAAGGUUUGCGACAAAACAGCUAGAAAAGAUCCGGAUUAAGCUAAUCUAUCUUUUUAUUCUACUUUCGUUUUUUAGCAAGUGUUCAAAUACGAGAUUUGGAACAACUUGCUCCUGUUGAUUUUUUUUUUAUUAUUAUUUUUUUUUUGUAGAUCAGUGCUUGCAAAUGUUCUCGUAUAGUAAUGCAGGAAUAUGGAGAGCUAUAUGUUAAGAGAUAAAAAAAAAAAAAAUACAAAAAAAUCUGAGCACUGGUUUGCUUAAAGCAUGUCUCAUGGGGUUUUUAAAAAAUCUUUCUGCGUAAGAAAAACAAGUAGCAAGUCGAACAAACGGUAUCUACACACGAAUAUAAAUGCAACGCUUGACAUUCAGCAAUACUUUGUAUAAAAAAACCCCAGGAAGUUCACUGAGGUUGGGGGGCAAUUUUGGGAUUGAAGCAAUGACAGGCCAGCUGUCUUUUUUUUUUUUUUAACAAAGCAGCACCUUUUCAGUCCAACCCGCCCAGCUGAUUCAGUGAUUUCACACAUCGGGGAGCAAAAAAAGAGAGAAAAAAAAAAUUGCCUGUCAGCAGCGACAGUUCUGGGUUUUAUUCUGGUUUUGUUGGUUUUAAACGGCAGCUCCCUUCACGCAGUCCUGUUCAGCUGUGUCCUACAAACCGUAAGAAAGACGUCCAACUUCAGCCGACGUCUCGCGCUGCGGAUCGCGAGGCGUGAAAGAAAAUCGAAGCCUUAAGACUGCGCCGAUGGACAGAGCGAGAAAUGAAAGGAGAUGCCGGGCUGUAAAGGAGUACUGCGAUGCAAAGUUUAGUUUUUAAUCAAACGUUCGUCAUGGUUAGUUUCUAAGUUCCGACUGAGAGCAGAGAUUUACUGAUUCUUCUCCCUACGUGGCGGUAUUGUUGUUGUUCCUCGAUAUCCUCACUGUGCCGGUGAUUUUGUUCGGCGUAGCAGCAGACUUCUCUCAGAGGACUCGCCGGUCGAAUUCGGAGCGAAAGACAUUCUACUCGUGGAAAACCUUCGACUGCCCCGGUCCUCCCGAUGGGAAAUUUGGCGUAAACUGUGGUUGUUUUUCGUUUUCGUUCAUUCUUUUCCUGAUUUCAUAUAGCCCUACCUUUUCUAAUCAUGAAUGUAUGACGUGUGAUUUUUUUAUAAUAGCAUACUAAUUUAGGUGUCGGAAACAGAAUCUGUAAUUUUGUCAAAAAGAUCAGCUAUAUUUGUAAGCUGUAAUAUGUAUAAAACUGAGAAAAAAUGAUUAUCAAACAGAAUGUGUUGGUUUACUAUAGUAUAUAUAUAUAAAUAUAUAUAAACUGUAUACCGAAAAAGAGAAACUCAAGCUGUUUGCCAAAUAAAAGUAGUAGUGAUGUUAAUAUUUA